AACAACAACAACAAACAUUUCUUUGUUUACGAAAACGCACAAAAAAACAAUAACAACAACAGCAAAGCAGGCAAAAUGGCGCUACAUUAAAAUGCGGAAAGCAACCGCGCAUUAAUGCAGUUACAGUUACGUAUGCUGGUUUAAAGGUCAAUUAAGUUUUGGAGCUUCUGAUACAACAACAUAUAUAUAAAUACAUAUAUCGAGUGGCGCGAUUUGAACUGAGGCCUCGCUAGUUAGAGAGGAGCUCUCAUACCGUUAUUGCAAUCAGCAGCAGGGUACGCACAACACAAUGCAGCUCAGGGGGAACAGCAUACUGUUCGCGCUGCUGCUCUUCACAGCUUUGUUCAGUGUGGGAAACUGUUUUUGGCCCUUUAGCAAAAGAGGCAGACACCCCCCGAAACCCGCGCCGCCCAAGGAACCGCAGCUAUCUCCGGUUAUAUUCGUGCCAGGCGAUGGUGGCUCUCAAAUGGAAGCACGCUUAAAUAAAUCGGGCACGCCCUACUUCAUAUGCGAGAAGACACACGACUGGUAUAAUCUCUGGCUAGAUCUGGAGCAGCUGGUCAUACCGAUGGUCUACUGUUGGAUAGACAAUGUCAAGCUGUACUAUGACAAGGUGACACGCACCACGCACAAUACGCCAGGCGUGGAGACGCGCGUACCCGGCUGGGGUGAUCCCAACGUCGUCGAAUGGAUAGAUCCCACAAAAAAUAAGGCCGGCGCCUACUUUAAGGAUAUUGCCAAUGUACUGGUAGACCUGGGCUAUGAGCGCCAUAAGAAUAUACACGGUGCACCCUACGAUUUCCGACGGGCGCCGAAUGAGAAUCAGCAGUUCUUUAUUGAUAUGAAACAACUCGUAGAGGACACAUACGAGGCCAAUAAUCAGACGCCCGUCACCUUUAUAACGCACAGCAUGGGCAGCCCCAUGACACUAGUCUUUCUGCAGGAGCAAACACUUGAGUGGAAGACUCAAUAUGUGCGCCGGCAAAUUAGUCUGGCUGGCGCUUGGGCGGGCAGCAUCAAAGCUGUCAAGGUGUUUGCCAUGGGCGAUGAUUUGGACUCGUUCGCGUUGAGCGCUAAAAUACUGCGCGAGGAACAGAUCUCGCAUCCGUCCUCCGCUUGGCUGUUGCCCUCGCCGCUGUUUUGGAAGCCCUCCGAGGUGCUUGCGUCGACACCGUCGCGUAAUUAUACAAUGGCACAGCUGGAGCAAUUCUUCAAUGAUAUUGACUACAGAACGGGCUGGGAAAUGCGCAAGGAUACAAUGCGCUAUACACAAAACUUUAGUCCUCCGGAUGUGGAGCUACAUUGCCUGUAUGGCGAUGGGGUCAGCACAGUGGAAAGAUUGCAAUACAAAAAAGACACGAUAGCAGGAGAAACCCCCAAGCUUAUAAUGGGUCUGGGCGAUGGCACCGUUAAUCAACGUUCUCUGCGCGCCUGCCAACACUGGACGGGCUAUACAGACUCUCAUAUAACCACACUGGCGCUACAGGGUGUCGAUCACUUGGGCAUUUUGGCCAAUCAAGAUGUACUUCAAUAUGUGCGCACUGUCAUGCAGCAGCCAUAAACUACUUCAAAUAGACUAAGAAAAAGAGCAAUUUUAUCUAGUUAAAUGUAUCAAAACGCGUUCAAAUUAUUGCAUCUCAAGCGAUAAGCAGCUGUAGUUUAAACGAAAUGCAAUUAAUAUUAAUUCAAUAAACCGUUUA